AUGUCUGGAUUGCCUGCUAUUCUUAAAGCCACUGAGGAGGAUAUUAAGCUCCUCCUCUCUGCUCAGUCCCAUUUGGGAACCAAGAACUGCGAUGUUCACAUGGAGCCCUACGUCUGGAAGCGCCGUGCUGAUGGUGUCCACAUCAUUAACAUUGGCAAGACCUGGGAGAAGAUUAUUCUCGCUGCCCGUAUCAUCGUCGCAAUCGAGAACCCUGCUGAUAUUUGCGUCAUCUCUGCUCGCGCUUUCGGUCAGCGUGCCGCUUUGAAGUUCGCCUCGCACACCGGUGCUCAAGCCAUUGCUGGUCGCUUCACCCCUGGUACCUUCACCAAUUAUAUCACCCGUGCCUUCAAGGAGCCUCGCUUGAUCAUUGUCACCGAUCCUUUGACCGAUCACCAGGCUAUUAAGGAGGCCUCGUAUGUCAACAUCCCUGUCAUUGCCUUUGCUGAUACCGAGUCUCCCCUUAAGUACGUCGAUGUUGCUAUCCCUACCAACAACCGCUCCAAGCACGCCAUUGGUCUCGCUUACUGGUUGUUGGCUCGUGAGGUCCUCCGUCUCCGUGGUACCAUCUCUCGCUCUGCUCCUUGGGAUGUCAUGGUUGACAUGUUCUUCUACCGUGAUCCCGAAGAGAAGGCUGAGGAGGAGGCCGCUGCUGCUGCUGCCGAGAAGGGUGCUGGCGAUGAUGUCGCUGGCUCCUGGGCUCCUGGUGAGGCCAACCCUGUUGAAUGGGGUGCUGAGGCCGCCGCUGCUCCUGCUGAUGCCGACUGGGGCGCUGAGGCUAGCUCUGCUGAUUGGGCAGCUGAGCCCGUUGCCACUGAGUCGUGGGGUGCUUAA